AUGCCAAAUUCUCCAUUCCAGUCCGACACAGCCCUCAGCUUGGUCGGUGGCCACAGUUCUGCUUUCGUUGAGGGCCUGCCUCCCAGUGUCAAACAGCAUGUGCAGAAGAUGCUACCCGACCUGAUACACACCCUGUUGCCCACACUGCUGCCUGGUGGUGUGGCCGCGGCGUUGCCGGCUGCUGCAGCCGCGCUGUCCGCCUCCGCGCCGUCAUUGUCUCUGUCGUCGUCUGCACGGGCGUCACUGGAGGCCCGGCUGCCGACCAUCCUCGAGGCUGCGCUGGUCCAGGGCCUGGCGACGACGCUCCCGAAGGCAGUCAUGGCCACUCUGAACUUGCUCUUCAAGGGUUCGUUUGUAUCGGCUGCUGAUGGAGGAGAUUCAAAUUUUAGCGCGGCAAUAAACUCCGGUGAACGGCAGCAGUCGAUGUCUCUGGAGCAGCAGAAUGCGGCGGAAGCCCAGCUCGUGCGCAUGCUGUUUGGCGCUGACGGCGCGGAGGCACCACCGCCGCCGCAAGAUCGUCAGCGGGCCAAGACCACAGCCGCCAUCACGCCGUGUGUUCUGGAUAUCGCCGCAGCCAUCGCCAGCAGCGACAACAGUCCAGCCAGCAGCCCCGCCAGCCGUGCUGGCAGCCCCGCUGCCACCAGCUGUGCGAACUCCCUGACCGACCAGCCCCUGGGGUUGCGGCCCCCCUCCGCCGACGCCGACGCCGCGGCGGAGCUCCACGCGGCCCAUGCCGCCGUUGCACCGGCGGCCGCCGCGCGAAGGCCCUCCCUCGCCACGCUGACUACCGCAGCGGGCGCGCCAUUCAAUACGUCAGCUGGGGACAUAUACUCAAGGAGGCUGUCGGACACAAACCCGGGAAGCUCCAUUGGUUCCGGAGCCCCGGUGGCGACGGCGACAAACACCGGCCGUCCUCCGCACUUGCCAAUCCCAGUCAAGGCCAGCAGUGCCGGCGUUGCCGCCGCAAGCGUUCAUAGCAGCCAGCAUCAGCCGUGCUACAAGAGUAGCGGUGGCAGCGGCGCCCAUCUGGGUCACGGCGAGGACGGGGUGAGCAGCGUUGACGAUGCGCUGAGCACCUGCAGCGGUGGCGACAUGCCGUCGCCGUACUCGGAUUUGUGCGGCGCAGUCAGCGCCAGCGCCGCCAUGAACAGCGGCACCAACAGCUUCUUAGUUGCUGGCGGCAGCUGUGUGGAUAUGUCGGGUGCCGACGGCACGAGCCUGUACGGCAUCAGCGGCGAUGCGCUGCUGGACAGGCUUAAGCAAAUUCAGCAAUCGCAGCAGCAUUGCGCAUCUUCUCUGGGUCACAUGGCAUCCCCUUCCGAGCUGCUGAUGGCGGCUGCCGGCGCGGGCACUUCAUGCUGUGGCCGUGCCGUACGCCCUGAAGACUUCCUCACUUUUGGUGCUGCUGGCGGCGCGGGUCUGCAACUUCCGGUUCCUACUGGUGCUGGACUUGGCAGCCAGGCCGCCGCGGUGCAGCUGGCGGCGGCGGCCGCCGUGGCCGCAGCUGGCGGCGGCGCUGCAGCCACUUCCACUGACCUGGCGUCGUACAUGGAUUCGGCGUUGCGGCGGAUGCUGCUUGUGAGUCCCCAGGUGGCGGCGGAGCUUGCUCGUGCUUGCGGGGCCUUCAGCGGCGCCCAUGCGCAGUUGCAUCACCUGUGCUGUAUCAUCGCGGAGCAGCUGCUGGACGUGGCGGCGAUGGCGCCCGAGGUGGCAGCGGCGCUGCUGCGAGCUCUAGCCGCGCACCGUGCUCGCGGCGCGCAGGCAACGGACGUGGACCCUCGAGUGAUGGGCCGCAUACUGCAGCUAUUGAGGGCUGGUCCCGCCGGUCGCCAGCUGUGUCUGGUGUCCCUGGAGCAGUGGGUGGAUGGCCUCAGUCGCAUUCACAAGCGCCGAGCCUACCUGGACACCAUUCUCCACAACUACCAACUGACACUGAAGCGUCUGGUGCAGGCGAUGGGCCACCAGGUUCACGCUGUCAACAUGUCGUUGCCGCGCCAGCUACUAAACGACUUGUCGCCGCGGGCGCUGCUGCUUCUGACGGCCGAGUUGGCGCCCUAUCCGCUGCUACAGCCACGCCGCUGGUCGGAGGAGAUCAUUUGGACGAUCACCCAGAUGCAUGCCAUGGGCAUCGACAUGCCCGCCGGAGGGGUUGCCACCAACGGUGCCGCGCAGGCGUCCGUCCCCACGAGUGCCUUCCAGUGGGAGAUUCGCCGGGCGCUGGCGGCGACGGCGGAUGACAUCGCAGCCGCUGGCGGUGCCGCCGUGGCUUGCGGUCAGUCGCCGCCGAAUGGCGGCCCUGCGGGUCCUCUGGCGGGCUUGGCGGGCCUGAGCCUCAGCGGUGGCGCUGCAUGUGCCAGUCAGGCGGCGGCGGGCUCGUCGGGCGCUACCACGCCUGGUGGCACAGCAGUUCCGUGGGCUGCCCACGCAGCUCUGCACCGGCACCUGCUGCUGGGCUUGCGGCGGGUGCAGUCUCGCUUCUUCAGUGACCGGCUACGCAAGCUGCACGGUCUGUACGGCGAGCCGGUGGAGGCGCUGCUGCGGUCGUCACUGCCACAGGACGUGUUGGUUCCAGAGCGCGAGUCGGUGGUGCUGGUGGCGGUCCUGUUGAUGCUGGAGUGCCGCAUGCGUCCGGAGGACUUUGACGCGGCCUUUGGUCGCGACCUGCAGCGCUGCCUGGCGGUGUCGUCUGCAGAGGAUGUGGCGGCACGGCUAAGGUGCGGUCUUGUUCCGGACUCGGCUCUGCGUCUGGAUCCGCACAAGAGUCGAGCGCUGUCGCAGCUGCUCAAGCUGGGCACCACGCUUCCGGGCCAGCCGCAGUUCUGA